AUGGAUAUGUGUUUACUGUGUUUGGAACUGAAACCAGAUCUCAUAGAUGGCAUUAAAGUUACAUCCCAACAAUGGCACGACGAGAACAUCGAAGCAAUAUUGGAAAAACAUUUUUGGUGUCUAAAAUCUAUAACAUCCACAUCAUGGCUAUGCAACACAUGCUGGAAAAUCGUAUACGAUUUUCAUAAAUUCUAUUUGCAUAUAGAAGAUGUUCACACCUAUUUUGUGUCGGCAUUAAAAACUGAAGUAUUUGAAAAUAAUGAAAAUCCCGAACCAUUUAUAACAAAUCACGAGGAGAAUUCAUCAUCAAAGAUGAUGGUAACAAUUGAAACAAGAACGUCUGCUGAAACAACAACACAAGAAAUGGAUAUAUUUCCUGAAAUAAAAAGUGAAAAUGUUAUUGAGGAACCCCCAAUAACCAUAGUAGAUACGGAAAUGCCAUAUAAACCUGAGGAAAUUAAUGAAGAUCCAUUGGAAAAAUCUUUGCCCACCGGCAAGAAAAGAGGACGACGAAAGGCAAACAAAACAAAUAACGAUGAUAAAGAAGAUACGGCCGCUACGAAAGAAACAUCACCCAGUCCCACAAGGUUGGAUGGUGACCUUCCCAGUGAAAAAUCAUCAUCAUCGGAUAGUGAAAGUGAUUCUGAGGACAGUGGUGGAGGGCAGCAAAAAUCAAGAGAAUAUAAACCACGCUUAAACCCCUACUAUAAACCACGUACAAAACGAAAAGAAGUCAAUGAGUUUCUGGCCAAACAUUAUAAAAUCUCGUGUAUUAUUUGUCAGGCCCCAAUGCAUAGCUUCAAUGAACUAUGCAAACAUUUUAAUAAGCAACACAAUGAGCCGGGCUAUGUUGUGUGCUGUAAUAAGAAAUUUUUAAAAUGUAGUCUUCUCGCCGAUCACAUACACUGUCAUCUUGAUCCGGAUUAUUUUAAAUGUCAACAUUGUGGCAAAGUAAUGUCAGAUCGUCGUUCUUUAGAAUUGCAUGUAAAGACCCAUGGCAUUCAAGACAAAAUCCAUAUAUGUGAUAUAUGCCAGAAAGGUUUCUCACGAAAACCUGGUCUGAAGAUACACAAAUUGAUACAUCUCUCCGAUGAGGAAAAGAAAUUCUCCUGUGAACAAUGUGGUAAACUUUUUGGUAACCACAACCUAUUGGCCAAUCAUGUACGUGUGGUCCAUCAAAACAAAUAUGCCCUGGUCUGUGAUGUGUGUGGAGAAAAAAUGCGCGGUAAAGAUGUUUUCGAACGUCAUAUGUUGAAGCACAAAGGAGUGCCGAUACCCACCAUAGCUUGUGAUGUUUGUGGCCUAAAGGUUACCGGUCAACGGGGGCUUAAACGCCACAAAGAUUCCCAACAUCCGGAGGGUGGUAAACAGCAAUUUCCAUGUCAUAUUUGUUCACAGAUCUCACCAACGCUGAAGGCCCAUAAGAAACAUGUUAAAGAUAAACAUGAAUUGGGUUAUGAUUUUAAGUGUACGUUGUGCGAAAAGGCGUAUAAAAGAGCAAGUACUCUCAAGGAACACAUGGCCACACACACUGGAACUGUGUUGUAUACAUGCCAAUAUUGCCCGAAAACCUUCAAUUCAAAUGCCAAUAUGCAUAGUCAUCGUAAAAAGGCCCAUCCCAAGGAAUGGGAAGAAGAUUGCCGAGCCAAAUAUUCCGGCAAUUUACCGCCAAAAUAUAAAUUAGGAAAAACAAAUAAUGUAACAAAUGAGGGGCAAAGCGAAAAUACAACAAUAAAAUGGUCUUAA